AUCUACACCCUCCUCUCCUGCUACACCCGCUUCCACAAAAUCGGCGCAUCCAACAUCGUCGUCUGGGACGAAGCCCAUUUCGGUAAAUUCGGGUCCCACUACCUAAAACGGGAGUUCUACUUUGACGUGCACCCCCCGUUGGGGAAGAUGCUCGUGGGUCUUGCGGGGCUGCUUUCGGGGUAUGAUGGUGGGUUUGAGUUUAAGAGUGGGGAAGUGUAUCCGGAGGGUGUGCCGUAUGUUGCUAUGAGGGUUAUGUUGGCUACGUUUGGGGUGGGGAUGGUGCCGCUUGCUUGGUAUACUGCGCUUGAGUUGGGCAUGAGUUUGUGGGCUUGUCAUUUGACUGCUAUGAUGGUUCUUUUUGAUGUCGGCUGGCUUUGUAUUUCUCGGUUUAUCCUCCUGGACUCUAUGCUUCUGUUCUUCACGUUCCUUACCGUUUUUUGCUUGACCAAGUUCCAUAAUCAACAGUACCAAUCCUUUUCUGUUGAUUGGUGGCUCUGGUUAUUCCUCACCGGCUUUUCCAUCGGCUGCGUAACCAGCGUCAAAAUGAUUGGUCUAUUCGUCACGGCUCUCGUGGGCGUCUACACAAUCGAAGAUCUAUGGGAAAAGUUUGGAGACACCAAAAUGCCAGUGCGAGACCAACUAAAACAUUGGGGUGCACGCAUAGCUUGCCUCAUCGUCGUCCCCAUCCUCGUCUUCAUGGCUUCCUUCAAAAUCCAUUUCAUGGUCUUGAACCACUCAGGCCCAGGUGACGCGCAAAUGAGCUCGCUCUUCCAAGCCAACCUCGUCGGAAACGACUUUGCCAAAAACCCACUUGAAAUCGCCUACGGCUCAAAACUAACCCUCAAAAACAUGGGCUGGGGCGGUGGCCUCCUCCACUCUCACGUGCAAUCCUAUCCGGUGGGGUCCACCCAACAACAAGUGACCUGCUAUCACUACAAAGACUCCAACAACGACUUUGUCGUUCUCCCCCGCUGGGACGAGCCUCCUUACAACCCCAACGACCCCAUCCGGUUCCUCAAAGACGGGGACGUCAUCCGUCUAAACCACGCCGCCACCACGCGGAAUCUCCACUCCCACACGGUCCUCGCGCCCGUUACGAAGCUGAACUACGAAGUGUCGUGUUACGGGAACGAAACGAUCGGGGAUAAUCAUGAUUAUUGGCAGGUGGAGGUUGUGGAUGAUAUCAAGCAAGGACCGAAGGAGAGUGUGGAUCGGAUACACUCUUUGACGACGCGCUUGAGGUUUAAGCAUCAGGCGUUGGGGUGUUAUCUCCGCGCUGCGAAUGCGAUUUUGCCGCAGUGGGGGUUCAAGCAGGUGGAGGUUAGUUGUGAUAAGGAGAAUAACCCCAAGGACGUGCAUACGUAUUGGAAUGUGGAGAGUCAUUGGAAUGAUCGGUUACCAGCAGGCGACACCAAAUUCUACCGCUCCCCCUUCCUUCGGGACUUUUGGCACCUCAAUGUAGCGAUGAUGACGUCCAACAACGCGCUCAUCCCAGAUCCGGAUAAGGAGGAUAUAUUGGCGUCGAAGCCGUUUGACUGGCCCUUCUUACACCUUGGACUGAGGAUGUGUGGCUGGGGCGACACGCAGCUCAAGUAUUACCUCAUGGGCACGCCUAUUAUAUGGUGGGCGAGCUCGAUAAGUUUGUUUGUCGGUUUGUUCGCGUUGGGUAUUUAUUUGUUGAGGUGGCAGAGGAAGUAUCAUGAUAUGGAUGCUCAUGAAUGGGACCAUUUCCUGUACGUUGGGAAGAUUGCGUUCUUUGGUUGGGUGUUCCAUUAUGUGCCUUUCCUCAUCAUGGGUCGCGUCACCUAUCUGCACCACUAUCUCCCAACCCUCUACUUCGCAGUCCUAAUGCUCGCCCACGUGCUCGACCACUUCAUCUUCUCAUCGAAGCUCCUCACUACAAAAGUCAAGAACAUCUUCUUUGGCGUGUUUGCUUUUCUGUUGCUUUUCUCGUUUUGGUGGUUCAAGGGCGUGGCGUUUGGGAUUGAUGGGCCUAUUGCGGACACUAAGGGAUUGCAGUGGCGAAGUUCGUGGAAUAUCUAUAACGAUUGA